GACUUUAUUCAUUCCGAUCACACGACCACAGGGAGCAGACAUCAAACUCCUCCGGGCUUUUUUUCGGGAGCAAAUCUUUUCUCGGUUCCUUCGUGCUUCCUCCACCUGGAACUGCACAAAACUGGGAAUGUCUCCUUUAGGAUUUUAUAAAUUCUGAUGAUACAUUUCGAAGAUGCUGAGCUGCAGGACGCACAGAGGUGUGAUUUUACGCGAGCUGCACUAAGGAGACAAUGAUGGAUACUGCUGGAUGUGUGAAUGUAGAAGAAAAGUUUUCGUGCUUCCACCGGACACCUGUUCUUUAGAGGCCAAACCCAAGAGAAGCUGGACAUCAACUUGACCUCAGUUAGACUUGAUGGUUUCAUGAGCUUCAUGUUCCAGACGACUUGUUUCCUUUGAUUUUCCUUUGAUAACAAACCUCCAUCUUUACGGUGGCUGCCGGAGCAGAGUCUUCUUGUAUCUGCCUCAUCUUCACUCAGGAGUUUAAAGAUCAUUCAAGUCUAAUAAGUUCCUGGUUCGCUCUUUUACUGAGACUGUGGUGGUGGCCUGUUCUCCCGAGGGAUGAUUGUGGGCUCCAGAGGCCAGGGAGCGACAGCCCGGCUCCUGCAGUGGACCACCGCCUCGUCCUGGUGCCUAUGCAGCGGAUCUGAGAGGAGAUGAGAGCCGAGAUUUUCCACCUCCUCGCCGGCUGCCUCUGCCUGUUACGCGCCGCAGCUGAGGAGUCUCCUCUCCCCCGGGAGCUGUUGGAGCGGCUCUCCCGCAGCGACAUCCGCAGCAUCAGCGACCUCCAGCGGCUGCUAGAGUUAGACUCCGUAGAGAACGAGGUGAUCGCUGAGACCAAACACAUCUACCACAAGGACUUCUCCCACAGCUUCCUCGACCUGAAGAGAGCUCACACGCACACCAGACACAGGCGGAGCACUGUGGUGGAAGAGGCUUUGCCUGCGGGGUGCAAAGUGCGGACGACGAUCUAUGAGAUCCCCCGGAGCCAGGUGGACCCCACCUCGGCCAACUUCAUCAUCUGGCCGCCCUGCGUGGAAGUGAAACGCUGCACUGGCUGCUGCAACACCAGCAACAUGAGGUGUCAGGCAGCUCGCAAGCACCACCGCACGGUCAAGGUAGCGAAGGUGGAGUACGUGCGGAAGCGGCCGAAGUUGAGGGAGGUGCAGGUGAAGCUGGAGGAUCACCUGGAUUGUAUGUGCACCAACAAACGCCACAUCAGCCCAAACUCAGACACAGACAACGGCAUCAGGUGAAGAGAGACAGAUGAAAGAAGGAGUGAAGAAGAGAAAAUGGACGCCGGCCUGAAGCACCUUUUGCCUCUAACAUCUUCACCGCCUGGCAGCAGCGGCGGGGGACUGUGGACGAUUGGAUGGAUUAUAUUCUGAUCCUUUGGGAGGUUUGAUGGAGAAUCUCUGAACCUCAACUCUUCCUGACUAAACAGAAACUGAGAGCAACAAACUGAAACGAAUCACAAACACGGAGAGGGUUUCCCUCGCUUUGAUUCCUCGACGGAGAGGAGAAGAGAUUAGCAACUGAAAACCUGGAGCAACGCAGCAGAGGAGAGGUGGAUUCUGGGAUACCGGAGGACUUAUUGUCUGCGUCUUGAGUAUAAACCGCUCAGUGACUGGGAUUAUAAACUGGGUGGAAUCCUUUCUAGAAACAGUGACUGGGAUUAGAUUUUGUACUCAAAGAUUUACAAAGCACACACACGCAUAUACACACUCAAUAUAUCCUCUUAUUUUUAUAACCUCUCAUUUUCUAUGGCUGUCUGUUUCUAUUUAGGUAUGUUAUCACAUGACGGAGGGACAAAGAUCCUCCUCACAUGUUACUGAUACUAAUAA